GCGCGCUCGGGAAGUGCAGUUCCCCCUGGUUACCAACUCGCCCCUUCUCCUCUUGCUCCGCGGGAGCCGUGGAGAAGGGCUCCCCAAAGGCGUCACCGUCCUUGCCGGCAGCGCUGCCGCCGCUGCAGUGCAUCCCCCCGGCCCAGGGCGCUGCCUUCCUCCCCCGCCGCUGACAGGCGCCCCCGGGCAGCCGCCGUCCGCGAUGUCAAGCGAGGAGAGCUACCGGGCCAUCCUGCGAUACCUGACGAACGAGCGCGAGCCGUACGCGCCGGGCACCGAGGGCAAUGUCAAGCGCAAGAUCCGCAAGGCGGCCGCCUGCUACGUGGUGCGCGGCGGCACCCUGUUCUACCAGCGCCGGCAGCGGCACCGGAAGACCUUCGCGGAGCUGGAGGUGGUGCUGCAGCCCGAGCGGCGCCAGGGGCUCAUCGAAGCGGCACACCUGGGCCCGGGCGGCACUCACCACACCCGGCACCAGACCUGGCACGACCUGUCCAAGACGUACUGGUGGCGAGGUAUAUUAAAACAAGUCAAAGAUUACAUUAAACAGUGUAGCAAAUGUCAGGAGAAACUAGAUCGUUCACGGCCAAUAUCAGAUGCUUCAGAAAUGUUGGAAGAAUUGGGGCUAGACCUUGAAUCUGGAGAAGAAAGUAAUGAAUCAGAGGAUGACUUAAGCAACUUCACUUCACCUGCAAGUACAGCCCCUAAGCCUGUGAAAAAGAAGCCAGUAUCCAAACAUGAACUUGUAUUUGUUGACACCAAAGGUGUGGUGAAGCGAUCUUCUCCCAAGCAUUGCCAGGCUGUCCUGAAACAGCUGAACGAGCAGAGACUCUCCAACCAGUUCUGUGACGUGACUUUGUUAAUUGAAGGGGAAGAGUACAAAGCCCAUAAGUCUGUUCUGUCAGCUAACAGUGAAUAUUUUCGAGAUCUUUUUAUUGAGAAAGGAGCUGUUUCUAGUCAUGAAGCUGUGGUGGAUCUCUCUGGUUUUUGUAAGGCAAGUUUCCUUCCUUUGCUAGAAUUUGCCUAUACGUCUGUGCUAAGUUUUGACUUCUGUAGCAUGGCUGAUGUAGCCAUCCUGGCUCGUCAUCUUUUCAUGUCAGAAGUUUUAGAGAUCUGUGAAAGUGUACACAAACUGAUGGAAGAGAAGCAGUUAACGGUGUACAAAAAGGGCGAAGUACAGACAGUUGCAUCUACCCAGGACUUACCGGAACGGAAUGGAGAAAUAGCAACUCCUGUGGUGAGCACUGAGGGAGCUACGCCAACUCUGCCGACAGAACGUGGGGGCUGUGACAUUGUACUCCUCGUAAACGGAGAAGUGCCAGAGGCUGAGCAGAAUGGAGCGGGAGGACGACAGGCUGAGCCCCAGGUGUCCUCAGAGGCCGGGGGUGGUCUGUCGUCUGUUGGGUGUGUCACUGAUUUCCAUACUAAAGUGGAACCUGAUGAUUCACCAUCCAAAAAUAAGCAGGCAGAACUCGAGUCUUCAGACAGCAGAGAAGAAAGCAAAGUCUUUAAUACUCAUCCUUCACUUUCACACAACAGUGUAAUCAGUAGCUCCCCAAUGGACAGUGUUAAGGAAAAUGAUAAGUCAACUGAGGACGUCUGUGCUGAGAAAAUUCCAGAACAUGGUCAGAACCUUGCUCAGCCUGUAAGCAAUCAGGAAGAUCUAGCUGCACCUGUCGAAAAGACAGAGCUUGGCUCGGAUGAUGAGACGUACAGAAGCAAGCUUCGGCAGCGCUCGGUUACUGAAGGCGGAUAUAUCCGACUGCACAAGGGACUGGAGAAAAAGCUGCAGAAGCGGAAGGGUGUCCCCAAGUCAGCAAUUCAGCAGGUGGCCCAGAAAUUAGUUCAAAGAGGAAAGAAGAUGAAGCAGCCAAGAAGAGAUCCCAAGGAGCACAGUGAAGAAGCCUCGCACAAGUGUGGAGAAUGCGGGGUGCUUUUCCAGACGCGGUACGCCCUCAUCAUGCACACCCUGAAACACGAGAGAGCUAGAGAGUACAAAUGCCCGCUGUGUAAAAAACAGUUUCAAUACAGUGCCUCCCUGAGAGCACACCUUAUUCGACAUACCAGGAAAGACGGGCCUGCUUCCUCCUCCUCCUCCUCCACAUCUACUGAGGCCUCGGGAGCAUCGUCUGAUAAGGGCAGAACGAAACGAGAAUUUAUAUGCUCCAUUUGCGGGAGGACGCUACCGAAACUCUAUUCUCUUCGAAUACACAUGUUAAAGCACACAGGUGUGAAGCCGCACGCAUGCCAGGUCUGUGGGAAGACUUUUAUCUAUAAGCACGGCCUCAAGUUGCACCAGAGUCUCCACCAAUCACAAAAGCAGUUUCAGUGUGAACUGUGUGUGAAGUCUUUUGUUACCAAACGAAGUCUUCAAGAACAUAUGAGUAUUCACACAGGAGAGUCCAAGUACCUUUGCUCAGUUUGUGGAAAGUCUUUUCACCGAGGCUCUGGGCUAAGCAAGCAUCUGAAGAAACACCAGCCAAAGCCUGAGGUUCGAGGCUAUCAUUGUACUCAAUGUGAAAAAAGUUUCUUUGAAGCUAGAGAUCUUCGGCAGCAUAUGAACAAACAUCUUGGUGUGAAGCCUUUCCAGUGCCAGUUCUGUGAUAAGUGCUAUAGUUGGAAGAAAGAUUGGUACUCUCACGUGAAGUCUCAUUCUGUCACUGAGCCGUACAGGUGCAAUAUUUGUGGCAAAGAGUUUUAUGAAAAAGCAUUGUUCAGAAGGCAUGUGAAGAAGGCUACUCAUGGGAAAAAGGGAAGAGCAAAGCAGAACCUGGAACGGAUAUGUGAACAAUGUGGAAGAAAAUUCACUCAGCUCAGAGAGUAUAGACGACACAUGAACAACCAUGACGGAGUUAAGCCAUUUGAGUGCUUAACAUGUGGAGUGGCUUGGGCUGAUGCCCGAUCACUGAAGCGCCAUGUAAGAACACACACUGGUGAGCGGCCCUAUGUCUGUCCAGUAUGUAGUGAAGCUUACAUAGACGCUCGAACACUGCGCAAACAUAUGACUAAAUUCCACAGAGAUUACGUGCCUUGCAAAAUUAUGCUGGAAAAAGACACCCUUCAGUUUCAUAACCAGGGAACGCAAGUGGAGCAUGCUGUUAGCAUCUUAACCACAGACGUGCAGGGGCAGGAGGAGAGCGGCCCACAGGAGCUGGAGACUGUAGUAGUGACCGGCGAGACGAUGGACGCUCUCGAAGCCGUUGCAGCCACUGAAGAGUGUCCAUCGGUGUCUACCCUUUCUGACCAAAGUAUCAUGCAAGUGGUUAAUUAUGUACUGGCACAGCAGCAAGGACAGAAGCUUUCUGAAGUUGCAGAAGCUAUUCAAACUGUGGAAGUAGAGGUGGCACACAUCCCCGAAGCUGAGUGAGUCUCGGAGUGGAGAUGUCAGCCACAGGUGGACGCACGGAGCAUUUGUUUACAGUACUACGGGAGUUUGUAGCUAUGUUCAGGCUCUGGUUAUUUGCUGAUAUGACAUUUCUAAACGGUUUUUGGCCAAUGGGUUCUGUAGAAAAGUCCAUUUACUGUAAAGAAAAAUUUUAAAUGAAUCUAUUUGAUGGCAGUGGUUUAUCAUGGUCUACUUUUUUAUGAUAAUGUUUAUAAAGGACUGUACUAAAUUAAAAACUGUUCUGUUUCAUUUGUAUUUUGACAUGAUUUUAUUAUAUAUUUUGAGUGUAAAAGGCUGCACCAAUGGCUUUUCUUCUCUUAUUUUCAAAAUAAAGAGGUAAGGUUUUGUGAUUUCGUUUGCCCCAUUUAUGGAUUAAAAGAAAAUUCCAAUAUAAGGCAUUUUAGUAGAGUGUGUAGGUAUUACAUUUUUUAAAGGCUUCAAAUAUAUGAUUGUUGACUUGCUAUUUAUUUUAACCCCUUCUAAGUCAGGGAACUUUAUUCUCAUUUAAGCACUUAAUAAGUCACAUGUUAAAAUCAAGUUUGCACAGCAUACUUACCUAUAUGGGGAAAUUAUAAAUUAAUAGCUGACACUUUUGAAUGCCACUCAAAUGCAUGAAAUGCCUAUUACGCCUUAGGCAACUACAUCUCUGCCAGGCGAGUAAACUGACCAUGACAAAAGAGUGGUAUUAGUAAGUAAUGUUGACGGAAUUUUUCCUGAUAACAUAAAUCAAUAGAUAGAAUAAAAACCUGCACAUGAACAACAACAACGAAAACUAGUUCAUUUGCAAGAUUGAACACGUGUAAACCAGGUUUGGUGUGUUUUCACCCAUUGUAUCAUGUUUAACUGUUCAAUUUCGUUCCAAGAGUACGAGUUUAGAAACAGGACCGCAAUGUAGACCGCUGCCCCAGCCCUGAGGUGCUGUCGUUGCCACGCCACCGAGAAGUAGUGAGAGCGCCACUGCGGCCUCGUUCAGUCCCCGAAGUUCUCUGAAAACUACAUCACAUUAACUCACGUGUUUGAUUUUACAUUUCCACAUCUUGAGGCGAACCAAUUUCCUGAUUUUCAGAGUCACCCUAAGGAGUUUCCACUUUUCUGAGAAAUCGUCAUAGUAGCUAUAAUUGUUAAAAUUAAACUUUCACACAUUAGAGACUCUUUAUUAGACGUAAAACUAAGUACGCAAAUCAUAUGUAAAUCAUUCCUAAAGCACAAAAAAUAUGUGCCUUGAUGUACAGCUGUUAUUGUUACUUGUUUACUUUAAAAUGGCUUUAAAGAUAAAAAAUGUGAUAGCCAUGCAUGUAUUAUACUUGUAAUAUUUGCAUUUGCAAAUUGCCCAUUAUUUUAAUAGCUGUGUGGCUUUCAGUUUUAAGCAGUGACUUGACAUACAGCCCGUAACUUUGUAAUGGCUGCUCUGUUACUAUAUAUUAUGAACUUGUGCAAAUGUACUUCAACAUGCCUACACUCUGGAAUUCUUUUAUGUUUCAUCCUCACCAUUGUUCCUAGAUUUAGUUAAUUAUACGAUACUAUUAAUGGAUGUCAUGAGUAUGUAAAUAAAUCGUGUUGAAUCUUGUUUAAAAGCA